UUAAUAUAAGUAGUGUUUCGUUUGUACUUUGAUUUAAAGAUCAAGCUCUUUUCUGCAUUAGGAAUGGACCAGCGCAGAUCCCGUAGUCCGCUUACCAACUCCCACCACCACUACCCAUCACACAGACGGGAAGGAGAUAACAGAAGAAUAAACCACCGUGACAAUGCACAUUUCAGACACACAAAUCACCACAGGCACCAGAUGGGCGCAACUCCAGAUCAAACCCCGCUCCGGUCCAAGACUUUAAGCACAAAGAAGGAACACUAUGAGAGAGACUUUCCAUUGUACAAGCAGCCAGUGGAAGUGGGGUGUUUCUCCCUGGACUCUCAGCGUAGGUUUUUCAAUGACAACAGGCAGAUGAGAUACUAUGUGGAACCUGACAGAAAUCCCAAUUUUGAUCUAAGGGAUGGUUACAGGGAGCGUUAUGUAAAGAGGGAUGAAAAUGUGAAGGAGAAGCUGGACCAUAUCCUGCGGUGGAUAGUAGCCAAUAAGUCAAAGCUGAAAAAAACCUCAUGCCCUUUAGACUUCGACUUUGUGACCUGGAGGGGCCACCUGACCAAGCUGCUCACUACGCCGUACGAGACGAAAGAGGGCUGGAUGCUGGCUGUGACCCGAUUUAACGGCACACUCUACAUCAGUGAGGUGGAAACCGAAGCUGCUCGCAGAGAACGCCUGAACCGCCCAGAGUGGAACAAAGAGAUGAUGUACUGGGGAUACAAGUUUGAGCAGUACAUGUGUGCAGAUAACCCAAAGAGCGCGCCUGACCCCGGCGGAGUGGUCAACACCAAUGAAGCUUUCUGCACCGUGGUCCAAACACGGCUCACCGAUCACAAACUUCUGUUCUCUGGAGAGGUGGAUUGUCGAGUCAGAGAUCCUGAUGCUCCAGCUGCUCCUGCUUGUUACGUGGAGCUGAAGACCUCUGCAGAGAUCUGCACUCCUAAACAGCAAAGCAACUUCCACAGGUUUAAGCUAUUAAAAUGGUGGGCUCAGUCUUUUCUCCCUGGAGUCCCACGGGUGGUUGCAGGCUUCAGGGAUCAGGAUGGGAUCGUAGUUUCCGUGGAGACUUUCCAAAUCUCCAAGAUUUCCCAGCUCAUCAAGAAUGAAUAUAACUGCUGGAAGCCAACAGUGUGCAUGAACUUCUGCUGUGAUUUCCUGUCUUUUCUAAAGCGGGAAGUGACAGAGGACAGUCCUCGCAUCGUGUACCUGUUUUCCUGGGAGCCGCACAAAGAUGUGACCUAUUCAGUCCACCGGGACUCUCCGUUUUCCUUCCUGCCUGACUGGUACAUUAAGGAAAUGACUGAAUCUACAUAGUAUCACCAUCAGCACUAACGGCACUCACAGUCAUCCUCAUCCAGGGUUCCUGCAUUCUGGGAAAUUAUUGAAUUAAAUUAUUUCCUAGAGAUAGACGUUGGCCGGCUGUUGCUUUUCUUUCUUUAUCUAAUAUUGCAGGUUUUAUCUUGUAUCAGUAUCGGCCGAUACGAGCUUGCAUUUGCUGAUUUAUUCAUGUAUUAAGCAGCCAUGCCUUAAGAUCAUGUUUAGUGCAUGUAUUGCCCUUUCCUUCCAUUUGCUAUUCGUGUUAAUGAUCUGUUUGAGUUGCUAAUAAUACUGUGGCUGAAGCAAUAGUUUAUGAAUGCCUGCCUUCAUACAACAGAAUUAAGCUACGCUUCACCUAACAAUAAAAAACUGAGUAAUACAGGAAAAUAUACUUCACUUACAUUGAUAGUUUUCAAAUAUGAUGUUGUGGACUGCUUUUUUAAAACUAGGAUAUGAUGUAAAUAACUCUAAAAUAACAGUGUUCCACAUUCUAACUCCAGCAAAUGAAAUAUGUCUCAUUUGGAUUUCCUUUUUAACUUUCUGUAAAGUAAAUUU